AUGCCAGCCAUGGACUUCCGAUGCUUGCGAUGCCUGUGCCUGGCAAUGUGUGUGGCAGACGGCUUGGCUCCACCAAGGUGGCAGCGCCUUGCAACCGGCGCGAUUCAGCCGAGUGGCUGGCUGAAGACGCAGAUGCAACUUCAGGCUGCGGCCCUGACUUCACACCUGCCACUCUUCUGGGACAACGUCCAGAAUACUUCUUGGCUCGGUGGCAACGCUGACAACGUCGGGGGAAUCCAUGAGAGCACGCCGUACUGGCUGAAUGGCGCGGUGCCACUAGCAGUGCAGCUGCAAGACGAGGCCUUAUUGCGGACUGUGGAGAAGUACAUGGACGGUAUUCUCGACAGGCAGACCCAGGAAGGCUGGCUCGGGCCGGACACAGACCGCUCGGACUUCUGGUCGCGAUACCCCUUUCUCAUGGCCAUGGUCCAGCACCACGAGGCGCUGCGACCUGGUGCGAGGCGCAAGCGCAUUGAAGAGGCCGCUCUGCGGUUCUUCGCCGCCGUGCGCCAGCGGCUUCAAGGUGGCGUGCCUCUGACUUCAUGGUCUUCCUUUCGGGCACAUGACUUGAUCUGGACGAUCCAUUAUUUCCUCGACGCACUGCAGGGGUCUGCUGCAUCCACGACCCUUCAAGACCUUGCUGCUCUCGCUGAGCACCUGCACAGCCACGGCUUCGACUGGAAUGGCUUAUGGUUCAACUCCAGCAACUUCGCCAAGGAGGCGGUGAUCAAGACCUCCAUGGAAACCCACGGGGUCAACAAUGCUCAGGCAGUGAAGCAUGGCAUCGUCUGGGCACGGCAAUCUGGCAACGCGACAGAAGGCUGGGCGGAAACCUGGCUGGCCUGGGAGCAGUUGCAACGCUACCACGGGCAGCCACAUGGAGCUUUCGGGGCAGAUGAGCAUCUUGCAGGCCGUACGCCAUCACGUGGAACGGAGCUUUGCGUGGUGGUCGAGUCCAUGUGGUCACUGGCGCUGGCCUCCCAGUUGGCCCCCGGGGAUGAGGAGGCCGUGCUAGCCUUGGAUGCCCUGGAGUCUCUGGCCUUCAACGCUCUGCCGGGCAGCUUGAGUGAGGACCUUUGGUCCCAUCCGUAUCUUCAGUUUGCGAACUCCUACCAGGCAGUCUCGAAUGAGCCGGACCAUGUCUGGGCGAAUGACGGUCCGCAGGCCGCCAUGUAUGGCCUGGCACCGAACUACGAGUGCUGUACCGCCAACUUCCACCAGGGCUACCCAAAGUUUGCAGGAAGCCUCUUCUUCGAGGAUGGAAAGCAGCAGGAGCUGGUCUCUGCGCUUUGGGCUCCGAGCGUGGUGAAUGCCACAGUGGGUCUUGCUCACGUCGAGCUUCGGACAUCAUAUCCUUUCAACACGUCCGUGGAGUACUGGAUUCAGAAUGAGAAGCCGUUUACUCUAAAGAUUCGCCUGCCGAAGUUCUUGCGCACCGUGACUCCAGCGCCCGUAACUGUCUUGCUGGAUGGGCACAGUGUCAAAGCAGAGGCCGUCUCCGGCUUCCUUCGCCUCCCAAUUCCAGUCGCAGCGCGGCGGCUGGCGGUGAAGAUCAGUUUUGCGAUGGCGCCAUCCGUCAACGGAUAUCCUGAUCAAGGCGUCUCAGUCUACUUUGGCCCACUCCUCCUCGCCCUGGAUCUCAGGGAGCAGCGGCAACUAGUCCAGAGGUAUGCUUUCAAUGCCGCUGAUUGGAACACAACAGCGACUCUGCCCUGGCGCCUGGCCAUGCCGCCGUCCCCCCACUUGGGCACACCGAGGUUCGUCGCGCCUGGGCCCAGGCCCAUGGCUUCCAACAACUGCCCCGUGACUUUGGAGGCCACCCUUCUCGCAGUUCCGUCCAGCGCUUGGCCAGUUCGACACGGUGCCCCUGGUCCCGUCAAUGGCACCUGCCGUGGUGGUGAACAGGUUCAGCGCACCUUUAUCCCCUAUGCCUGUACAUCCAUCCGUGUAUCAGCCCUCCCACUGGCUGGCGGGGAGCCUGUGCUUGUGUGA